CCGACAAUGACACACGCUUCUGUUUGUUAUGUGUUUGCUAAUAAAGUUACGUGGACAAAAUUUGAAAUCAAGAUGGCGGUGUGCAUACCGCUGUCUGUAAAGAUGUCACCCUCAGCUUUACUGGGCUUUAGAUGUCUUUUGACUGAACAAUAUUCCUCCAGAAAGCUGCUAAAAUCUUUGACAGAGGUCUGUAGACGAGGUUGCUCGGUGAAAGCCCAGCAGGCGGUGGAGGAGAGCGGGGCGAGCACCGGCAGGUUUAGCAGCCCUCUGGAUCACUACAACGGGCUGAUCAGAGACGGGUUGCUGCGGGAGGAUGAGCACCAGAAAGCGGUGCUGCAGACACUGGACCAGCUCCACCAAACACUCAGAGGAUACAGCAACACACCGACAUCUUUCUUCUCCAAGUUAUUCACCAAACCGACUGCUCCAAAAGGUUACUACAUCUACGGUGAUGUUGGCACAGGAAAAACUAUGGUGAUGGAUAUGUUUUAUUCAUACGUUGAGACUGAAAAGAAAAAGAGGGUUCAUUUCCACGGCUUCAUGUUGGACGUGCAUAAAAGGAUCCAUCGGCUGAAACAGAGCAUGCCAAAGAGAAAAGCAGGCAAAAUGGCCAAAUCCUAUGACCCCAUUGCUCCAGUUGCUGAGGAGAUCAGUGAGGAGGCCUGUCUCCUGUGCUUUGAUGAGUUUCAGGUCACUGAUAUCGCUGAUGCCAUGAUUCUCAAGCAGCUCUUCGAGAAUCUGUUUCUGAAGGGUGUUGUUGUUGUGGCCACUUCCAAUCGUCCCCCUGAAGACUUAUAUAAAAACGGGCUGCAGAGAGUAAACUUCGUGCCAUUUAUUGCUGUGUUGCAGAAAUAUUGCCAAACUCUUCGCCUGGAUUCUGGGAUAGAUUACCGCAGAAGGAACAGACCCUCUGCUGGAAAACUUUACUUCCUCACCAGUGAGCCUGAUGUAGAAACGACACUAGACAAGAUGUUUGAUGAGCUGGCUUAUAAGCAAAAUGACAUAACACGGCCAAGAGUAUUGAAUGUUAACAACAGGAAAGUCCGUCUGAACAAAGCAUGUGGGACCAUUGCAGACUGCACGUUUGAGGAGCUGUGUGAUAGACCUUUAGGGGCCAGUGACUACCUGGAGUUAUCCCGGCUGUUUGACACCGUCUUCAUUCGACACAUUCCUCUGCUGACGCUGAACAAGAAAACUCAAGCCAGGCGACUCAUAACGCUUGUGGACUCCUUCUACGACCACAAGGUGCGGGUGGUGAUUCUUGCAGAUCAUCCACUGGAUGAUAUGUUUGUACACAGUGAUGAUCAGGGUCAUGAUGAGAGCCACAUUCUGAUGGACGACCUGGGGCUGAAAAGGGAUGAAGCCAGCAGUCUGUCCAUCUUCAGUGGAGAGGAGGAAAUGUUUGCCUUCCAGAGGACAGUGUCUCGCCUCACAGAGAUGCAGACAGAAGAAUAUUGGUUGGAAGGUGACAGAAGCACUAAAUCAGAGGUGUAACAUUUUUAAAGUGGACCAUAUUACACAACCUCCAUAUAUACACAAACUGUACUCUUCUCUGCCAAAAAACAGCCCAGACUGAACACUCCUCCUACUCCUCUUAUUCAACACAAACCCAGUUAGACUGCUCAAAAGUUUGUGAGCAAAUGCUGUACAGAGAAUAUUUAUUGAAAUCUUAAAGCCUUUUAUGACUUUCUUGUGACAUUGCACUUUACACAUCCUUUUUAAGAUGAACUUUAGGGUGUCAAAUUGCUUUUAACUCCAUAUUAUAUAGUGAUCCAACUGUAUUUACUUUUAUUAAUCUGUGGGAAAGAGCUGGACAGCUUUUAGAAAUGGAUACCCAAAGGACCCUAAUGAAGAUUUCGGGACCUUUCAAUUGUAUAUUGUGUCUUAAAAAUGAUAAUGCAUCUCAAUAAGUUGUUCAUGAUUCUAAUGCAAGCCUAAAUCCAGUGCCAGCAGAUUGAUCCCAAGAUUUAAAAGUGUUUUUUUCUGAUUUCUGUGGAUGGGGCUUGGGAAAUGUUUGUCUCACAGAUGCACUGAACAAUAAUAUUUGUCUCCAUUUAACAUUAUCUUCAUUAGGCGGA